CCCCUCCGCAUCCUCUUCUGCGGCUCCGACGACUUCAGCAUCGCCUCGCUCCUCGCCCUGCACCGCGAACACCAACGCGACCCCGCCUUCAUCGCCUCCAUAGACGUCGUGCACCGGCCCAGCAAGCGCACCGGCCGGGGUCUAAAAACCAUCCGCGAAGUGCCCAUCGCCACAACAGCGAGCACGCUCUCGCUGCCCACCCACCCCCUCGACACAUUCACGCGCUGGACGCCGCCCAGCCCCGGACCCAACCUCAUCGUCGCCGUCUCCUUCGGCCUGCUCAUCCCCGCCCGCAUCCUCAGCGCCGCCCGCUUCGGCGGCCUAAACGUGCACCCCUCGCUGCUGCCGGACCUGCACGGCGCCGCGCCCAUCCACCGCGCCCUGCUGCGCGGCGACACGCGCACCGGCAUCUCGGUGCAGACGCUGCACCCGCGCCACUUUGACCGGGGCACCGUGCUCGCGCGCCGCAGCGUAAGUAUCACCGAGCCCGAGACGUGCGGGCCCGAGGCCCUGGUCGCGCAGCUCGCGCCGAUCGGGGCCGAGGAGCUGGUGCGCGUGCUGCGCGAGCGGCGGUACGUGGAUCCCGUGGAAGCGGCGGCGGAGGCGGAGGCGGGAGCAGACGCAGAUGCAGCGCCCCCGCAGCACGCAGCCAAGAUCCAAAAGUCCGAUUCACAAGUCACUUUCGACAAGCAGCCAGCCAGCAGCGUCCUACGCACGCUGCGCGUCCUCGGCAGCGUCUGG